UCAAAUGUAUUAUCGGGGAAGCUGAAGAAGAAAAUGGAUUUGCUUUAGUUUGAAGUAUGGUCAUUCCUUGUAUUUUUCCUCAUAGCCAUCAAAGGGGAAGCUUCCCCAAGUACUGAUAAAGGAAUCCGUCCAACAAAUUUUUGUAGAUAAUUAAAUUGAACAUCCGUAUAUUGGAUUAGCACCUUGAGCCCAGCUGUGGCCAUAUACUUUUGAGAUACAGAGCAUACCGCGAAUAUAGAGCUGAUCAUUUCAUUGGGAAGCUCUGAGCUGGUGUAAGCAUUGCGGUGGCCAAAAACUGAAGCUCAACUUUGACAAAGCCACUCCGCAGAAACUCCCCUCAAAGGUACUGUUUUCAAACUCAAAACUUUUCUGCAAGUCGCAGCGCAUAUCAGUCAUUGUCAGCCAUUCCGAAUCGGAUCACGUUCCUAGGUUGUUUAUGAGACUCAGGAGUGGAGGAAGAGGAUUUAUCCUCGAGUCAAAGAGGGCGUAUAGUAAGAGUAUGCAGGCUCAAAGCUGAGUCACUAAGAAGAGUUCAUUAUCCAUAUAAUUGUUGUAAGUCAAUCCCCCAAAUUAUCCAUCUCCUACUCCAUGGAAGCUAACGCUUCUCCAGGUUUUAAAAAUUGACAAUAUCUUGAUAUAUCUUUCCCCCCCUUUUUUUUUAAUGUCUCUGUUAUCCUAUUAGUGGGUUUUUCUUAAUGCUUUUAGACGUUAUAAUCUUCUUGGAAUAUUUUUCAUGAUUUUUUUCUCAGAACUGAAAAAAAGCGAUAUGUUCUUCAUACAUACUUCCUCAAUUUGAUCUGAUAAUUAUUCACUUAAACAGUAUCCUUCUUCCAACAUGCAUUACAUGCUGUGAAGAAAUGAAUAUUUUGGCACAUGGGGUUCAAAAAUAUGAUUCAAGGUUAAGAACAGCCCCCAUACAAAUAGAUAGACAUUCCUCCCAGAUCAAACAAACCCCUAUAUAUAUCGGGGUCAUAAAUUAAUUAUGAUAUCAUUUAUAAUAAUUUGCACUAAAUUAUAGAGAUAUUGUUCACUUUGAGUCUGAGAAGGAGCCAACAUAAGGGAGCACAUGUCCCCUCAAUUUUUUUUUUUUUAAAUUAUUUUAUUUUUUAAGAAUUUUGGAAAGUGAAAAAUGCAAAAUUGUAAGUUUAUUGCUGAAAAUGUAAAAAUGUAAAAUAAAAAAAAUAUAAGUAUUAUAUAUGGAUAUUAAAUAGAUUAAUAAAAUGUUUGUUUGUUUUCAUUUUUAAUGUUUGUUAAUGAAUAAAAUUAAAUUUAUCCAAUAAUUUUGUAUUUGAUAUUUUAUUAAAUAUUUUUUAGUGAUUAGUUAUCUUCUUUUUUUUUUUUAGAUUUUUUAAAUUUUUGGACUUUUAGGUUUAAUGAAAUAUUUACUUAUUUAUGAAUAACUACAUAAUUAUUUAAAUUAUAUGGUUGACAAAAUUUAAUUUCAUUUAAAUAUUUGAUAUUUUAUCAAAUAUCUUUUUUUAUUGGUGGGUUGAUUGUGGUUUAAUUUUGAGAUUCUUGUAAUUGUUUAGCCUUUUAGAUUUAUCCAAACAUUUAUUAUUUGUAACUAGUUAUCUAACUUUUUAUGAUAACAUUAUAUUUAUAUCAUAGAUAACUUUUAAAUAAAAAAUUUAUUACUAUUAAAUUAUUUAUAUUUAAUUAUUUUAAAAAAGAAUCAAAGAAAAAUUAUUAGUGAAAUUAUUGAAUUUUUCUAAAAAGUUUUAUAGCAAAAUAUUUCUAAAAAUUAUUAAAAGUAUUUUAGUCAUAUUUCUUAUUAUAUUUUAGGACCUUUUUUGAAAAUAUUAUUUGAAUUUUUUUAUAAACUUUUAUUAAAAUCUAAAACUAUUUAGUUUUUUUUGUUAUUUAAUUUGAUAAAUUAUAAAAUCUCCUUUUCUUUAAUAGUUAAUGUCAAUAAUUACUUAUUUUAUUAAAUGAUACCAUUCAUUUUAUUGAAUAGAAGGAAGUCGAUGACCUACUUUUAAAAUAUAAAAUUUAUCUAUAUUUAUUAUAAUUAACCAAUAUUUUACGUCGCUCCCUCUCACCAAAAUUUUUGGCUUCACCACUAUCUAAGCCCAAAGAGUUUAUACGACUUUAAAAUGCAUAUAUAAAAUUGAGAAUAGUUCAUACAUAUAUAAUUCAAGAACUUUUUCUCUAUCACAAAUUAACUCUAUAAGUGUAUUGUAUGUAUUGACAAUUUCGGGUCAAAAUUCUCAUUGCAUCUCUUAGCUCAUAGUCCUAAUCAAAUCCUCCCAUGGACACUUGCCUUUUCCAAAUUGUUCAUGUCUGAAGAUGACUACAAGAGUUGGUAAGUGCAUUUGAGGUGAUGGAUGAUGGCAAAUAGUGAUCACUCGUAUUUUAAAUUUUUAUCAUUUUAUUGAAAAAUGAAAUUGAAGCUUAAAAGUGUAAAACAUUGAGUUUAAAACAUGUGGAUCAAUUUCUGAUCGAUCUAACUAAAGGGUAAGGGUUUAUUUUAAACCCAUAUUUUUCAAUCUUGUCCGAUUGAUCAAACUUCAAUCACACCUAUGAAUUUUUAUGAUUUUCCAAAUAAAUCUCAACUAUUGAAUGAGUUUCAAAACCCUAAUACUUAAGUCUUCUUUCCAGAUGUGGUGUAGGUUGUUAUGAGAGAGAAAACCCUUGGUUUUUUUAGCUUCAAGUUUCUCUUACUACAUUGGGGAGUGUUUGCUUUAUGAGAAAAUUUAUAGGUUUGAAUUGAAAAUUAGUUUUUAAGUGAAAAAUCUUUGUUCCAAAUGUGCUGAUUUACUAUGUUCUUCAUUCUAACUCUCAUAUUACUCUCAUAUGCAACUUUUGGGGUAAAACCUAAGAUUCUCCUUGUGUAAACUCAAGAAGAGACCGAAAUCAAAGCUUGGAGUUUAUUCCAAGUGUUUCCCUGAAAAAGAAUAGUGGUAAUUGAAACUUGAAGGUUCUAAGCAAGUUGUCUGAGAUACGAUAAAGGACUUAGGUAAAACCUUGUACUCGGUUAUUUUUUUUUUCAUAGUGGAUUAUUUGAUUGCUUGAGGCUCGUGGUUUUUUAUCUCUUUGAAGGUUCUCCACGUUAAAAAAAUUGAUGUCAUUAUCUCUCCUUUCUAUCUUAUCUUUUAAUUAGUAUUUCAUGAGCUUAUGGUAUUUUUCAUUGCGUUAUGGUGAUUGAAUUAAUUGGAGUAUGAGUUGAAAUGUAUCUAUUGAAUCUUUGAAAGAACAAGAUAUAUUUUAAGUUUUGUUGAUUGAUGGCACGGGGCAUGUGAAAAAGAGUUUUUAUAUUGAUGCAAUGUUUUAUAUAUCAUGUUUGGAGAGUGUUGUCUCAUUUGCAUGUGAUUUGCAUUAAAUAACUUAUUUAAGAGAGUGUUUUACGAUUUACUUUGUUUGUUCAUAAGAUUGGAAAAGAAGAUCAAUUAGAGAUAUUAUCUCUAAUUGUUUUUUUUUUUUAAAAAACAUCUAUUCACCUCUUCUAGGUGUUAUCUAUAGAUAAGAUCCAUUUUCAAACUCAAAUCUCAUUUUCAGUGAUCUGACAUUAUGAAGAUAUUUCUUAUUUGUUAAUGCACUUCAUUAUGUUUGCCUUUAUUUCGGCCCUAGCUAACUCCCAACGAACUCCCAUCAAAAACCAAGACUCUUACGAGGGAUAUGUACGGGAGCAUGAGUCAAUUCUUAUCUAAUUUCUGUCCAGCGAAUCAAUGACUGUGAGCUGGAAAAUAUGAUUGGGUUGAAAAGUCAAAGAAAUGUAAUGCUAGAGGCAAUGAUUACCUAAUCUCCACGACCUCAUCUAAUGAAUUGUUAAUGUUGGUUCGAUCUGGUUCCGAAUCGUACAAUCUACAAGUCAAUGACUGGUGCAACGUCUAUAUUCAUCAUCUUCACCAAAACAUAGUUUUUUGAAAACAAAAAUGAUCAUUCAGUUUCGUCACCUAAGCUGAGCCCCAUUUGCUUGACGGCGCAGAGGACGAUGAGGAUUAUUGAGACAUUGCGAUGCUGCUUAUUUUUAUUGGACUUCCUCUUCAUCUCAGUGUUUUUUAUCAAUUCAUGUCAAGGUGAUGUUGGCACAGCAGCUCAGUAUAAUCCCCCGUACCUUCCUACGAUAUGUUACGGAAAUGAUGCAUCGGAGUUCCCAUCCAGCAAUCUCUUUGCAGCGGCGGGCGAUGGGAUAUGGGACAAUGGGGCUUCCUGCGGGAGACAGUAUUUGGUCAGGUGCAUCAGUGCCACGCAGCCUGGCACUUGUGUUCCUGACCAGACUAUUCAGAUCAAGGUUGUGGAUUAUGCUCCUUCGGCACCUUCAACGCCGUCAGCUGAUGGCACCACCAUCGUUCUAUCGGAGACGGCGUUUGGGAUCAUUGCCAAUUCAACCGCCACGGCCAUCAACAUUGAAUUUCAACAGGUGUGAUAUGGGAACUUAUGCUGGAGAGGCCUACAAUUCGAUCUCCUCUCUGAAGCCAGGGAAGGAGAAGAAUGUCAUAUCUAGUUACUAUUGUUUUUGUAAUUGUAUUUUAAAUUCUCCCUCUCAAAUCAUUCGUAAAUACACGUCAUUUUGCUUUUGGGUCA